UUCUUAGUCUUUCUUUAUGUCAUCAUAGUCUAAGUUUUCUACUUUUUAGUUUUUAGUGAGUGAGAAAGUUUGCAUUAAGAGAUAAUUGUGAAGGAAACAAAAAGGGAAGAACACUUUGGAUGAAGGAUCCACUUAUGAGCAACGAACUAUUUCCUGACUUCCAAAACCACUCUCCGCCACAGCUCUGAAAUUUUGUAUGCUAAAGCCCAAGUAUGAAUUCUGUAAAAAGUUGCUUGCAAUCCGGCCAGCUUAACCGUGCACGCGAACUGUUCGACAAAAUUCCUUACCCGGAUCUCUACACCUUGACACUCUUAUUAUCUGCAUACUCGACGCACGGCCUUCCCAAACAAUCCAUAGCUUUGUAUAGAAAGCUCUGCAAGGAGAAGGAUCUCUAUCCCGAUCGAUAUGUUAUACUCUCAGUAGCAAAGGCUUGCUCCCUUUCCAUGGAUGCCAUCACAGCUAUAGAACUUCACAGCGAUGCGAUUCGAUUCAAGCUUAGCUCAGAUCUGCCUGUUGGUAAUGCAUUGGUUGAUAUGUUUGGUAAAUGUGGGUUGAUUGAGGAAGCAAUAAGUGUCUUCGAUCAACUGCCUGAUAAAGAUGUGAUAAGCUGGACUUCACUAAUUUCUGCCCAUGCAAACUGCAAGCAAUCAGGAGAAGCUUUACAAGUUUUUCGUGUGAUGUUGCUUUCUGGCAUGAAGCCCAAUUCUGUAACUCUGUGCACGGUGCUGCAUGUUUGUUCAGCAAUGAAAGCUAUCAAAUUUGGAAAAGAGAUUCAUGGUUUUGCAGUGAGGAAUAGGUUUGAGAGUGAUGUUUGGGUGAGCAGUGGAUUAAUCGAUGUGUAUGCGAAAUCAUUUAAUCCACACCUUGCAAGGCAUGUGUUUGAUGGAUUACCUGACAAGGAUACUGUUUCAUGGAAUGUGAUGUUGUCAUCUUAUUUCUCAGUUGGGAAUUCAGAGGAGGCUUUGGAGCUAUUUGGAAAGAUGAAAUCUGGAGGUCUGAUGAAUUGUGCUUCCUGGAAUUGCAUGAUUAGUGGAUUUGCACAGAAUGGUAGGAUUAUACAAUCAAUUGAAAUGUUUGCUGAGAUGCAGCAUUCUGGUUUCAGGGCUAAUGAGAUCACUAUAGCUUCUGUGUUGCCUGCCUGUACUGAUGUGGAAAAUAGAAGAGGUGGAAAGGAGAUUCAUGGGUUCAUAUACAGGUAUUGUUUCAUAAAGGAUAAGAUGAUUUUGACUGCCCUGGUUCUGUUGUAUGCUAAAUGUGGAGAUUUAAUGAAAUCUAGGCUUGUUUUCGACCGAAUGAUUGAUAAAGAUGUUGUUGCUUGGAAUGCAAUGAUCUUUGCGAACUCCAUGCACGGUUGUGGUGAGGAUGCUCUAUGUCUGUAUUAUCAAAUGAUAAAGUCAGGCAUGAAGCCUAACUCCAUGACAUUCAUGGGUGUUCUGUCUGGGUGCAGCCACUCUCUUCUUGUCCAAGAGGGUCGAUCGAUUUUCAGCUCGAUGAGUUGUGGUUAUGGGAUUGAACAAGAUGCUGAACAUUAUUCCUGCAUGGUUGAUGUCCUGAGUCGUGCCGGUCGCCUCCAAGAGGCUUAUGAGUUUAUUCAGGGGAUGCCAAUGGAACCAAAGGCUAGUGCUUGGGGAGCUCUGCUUGCUGCAUGUAGAGUGUACAAGAAUGUUGAGCUGGGAAUGAUUUCAGCAAACAGAUUGUUUAAGAUUGAACCAGAGAAUCCUGGAAACUAUGUCUUGCUUUCAAACAUACUUAUGAAUGCCAAAUUAUCAGAGGACGCUUCGAAUAUUAGGAGGCUGAUGAAAGAUAGAGGAGUUCGAAAGGCACCCGGUCGCAGUUGGAUCCAGAUUAAGAACAAAGUGCAUACUUUUGUCAAAGGUGAUGAUAACAUUGCCUGUAGGGAUGACAUAUAUGAUUUCUUGGAUAAGAUAGGAGAGAAGAUGAAGCGUGAGGGUUACGAACCAGACAUCGAAUUCGUGUUGCAGGAUAUUAGAGGGGAGGAAAAGGAGGAAUCAUUGUGCAGUCAUAGUGAGAGGCUUGCAGUUGCAUUUGGAGCUAUGCACCUGAAUGGUGAAUCAGCUAUAAGGGUAUUCAAGAACUUGAGAAUAUGUGGUGAUUGUCACCAUGCUAUUAAGUUUAUGUCUAAGAUUCUUGGUGUAGGUAUUAUUGUGAGGGAUAAGUUGAGAUUUCAUCAUUUCAGGGAUGGAUUUUGUUCCUGUGGUGAUCGAUGGUGAAGUGGAGAGUGAUGAAGGAUCAUGUUUCUAUGAGGAGAAGAAUGCUGGAUAUAACCAUAGUAAGUUGUUGGUGGUGUCAAAUCAAUGUUGUCAAAUGAUUGGAAAGGGUCAUUUAUGAAAUAUGAACAAACUGAGGCUAUUAUAAGAGCCUCCAGCCACCCUUAAUGUGUCUAACAAUUUGAGUACCACCUCUUUAAGGCCAACUAUAUCAGAGGGGAUUCAAACCCCCGACCUGAGGGGUCUUAUAUGCCAACCAACAAGUCGGGUAUGAGGCACAUAUAUAUAUAUCGCGGAUGCCAACUAUGCCACUCACCGUGACUCUUUGGUAGUGCAGCCUAGAGUAUGUCCCCUGUGAUCACGUGUUCGAUCUCGCCUGAGUGCAUCUGCCUUGCAGUGCAGGAUUGAGUGAUUAGAUACUUGAGGGUAGUUGCCGGUACAUUUUCCUAGCUCCCCCAUUUUAAUUUUGAUUGUGUUAAGAGAUGUCCAAAUAUCUAUAAUAUUGAUGUAGGAGUUUCAGAUCACAAGAUAAAUUAUGCCCACUUAU